AUGGUGUCCCAGCCCAUAUCCGCACCAUCUUUGUAUACUGCAAUUAAUGUCCAUUGGAACAGCCAUUUGUCGAUGCUGGAGAGCAUAUUGCGCAAUCGCAGCGAGAUUGAGACGUUUCUUCACUCUCAAGACGAUGAGGAUCGAAUUGCAUUGCUUCAGCAGCUCUGCCAGGGAUUUAAACGCGGUACGUCGUGGGACUAUGUGCUAGCGCUGGUGUCGAUCAUGGGGUCCCAACUGCCCCAAAUGCUUAAUGAUAUUAAGUUUGCACCUGCGGCAAUGAAGCACAAUGUGCGCGCGGUGAUUGCUGUUUUUGUGAAAGCAAACAUAUCGAACAAGUGUGUCCCCGAUGUCAUUCAUGAGGUUGCGUACCUUUUGCAUCCGCUUUCCAAGGUGGUGGCAGCCGAUCACGAUGGCGUACGUGCAGCGACACUGGCUCACAUGGGGAAUAUGGCUGCGACAUUUCCCUAUCUGCUGCACCAAGAGACGGAGACCGGGCUGGCCAUGGAAGGUAUCGACCCGCCGCCGAAUCUACGCAAGCCAUGCUCGAAAAGGAGCUGUGAUGCUAUUUGGGAGAGAAGCUGUCGACCAAAGAAAUUCUGGAAAGCUGUCAGUUUCCGAGCAAUGAGGACAAAGGACGCUUACGUGUACUUUGACAUACUCGGCUACUGGAACUUCAAAGCAAGCAAGUUCCCACUGCUCGUAAAGCUUUCCUCGUUUGUUCUGGCUAUCCCGGCAAGCAGCGCAGAAUGCGAGCGCAGCUUUUGCAAUGCGAGCUUCAUCAAGUCCGUGCUGCGCUCCGCGUUUUUCAGUGACUCCUUGGAAGGCAACAUCGUUCUUCGUGACAAUCCGGACCUUCUCGAGAAGUACUUUGGUGAGAUUGAAGAGUCAGACACCGAACCCGAAUACGCAGAUCAAUAUACAUUUGUGCUGUUCAAAGUCAUUACCUAA